AUGUUAAAAGUUAAUUCUUUUGAUAUUAAUAACUUUAUUAAUGAAUUUGAAAUGUUAACUAAAAAUAAUCAAACAGAUUUAGAAAGUAUAAAAAAUAAUUUAAAUGAUGAAAUUCAUAAAUUUAAAGAAAAAUUAAACAUUUUUUAUUCCAUGGACAGUGAAUACCAAAAACAUUUCAGUAACUUCUUUGGAUAUGGAUCUGAAAUGUUAAAAAACACUUCUAAGGAAUAUUAUGUAGCAUAUGAAUUAACUGUUAAAUGUAAAAAACUCUUUGGUGAAGAUCCUAUAAGUAAUUUUGUUAAAGUAAAACAGGAUAUUUUUAUAUUAAUUGAAAGCUUAAGAAAAUACUUAAAUUAA